AUGGAAAAGAUUCCAAAGAGCUAUACAUCCAUGUCAGAAGAUCAGAAACAGCUCUACCAGCUGACAAGACAUGCCGAUGUCAAUAUUGACCCGACGCUUUUCGGGAAUAUUCUUCAGUUUCUCGAGGCAGAUGUCCAUCCUGAAGCCAUCUGCAAAAUGCUCAAAGACACUGUUCCUAAAUCGCCAUAUGGAGACGAAAAGAAUCAGGAGAAGAUAGAACGCAUGAAUCGACGGAGGAGCCAAAAACUGAGUGCAACAAGCUCGUCCGACGAAUCGAAGAAAAAGUUCGAUCAGUUCGCCGAUCAGAGCUUCCACCAACCACCGAGCGCACUAUUGCCAAAGCCCGUCGCCAGAGCGAUAAUGUCUUGUAAAAACAAAACCAGCAGAAAAUCUACCUGUAUCUUUCUCUCACAGAUCUCCUCUUCUCACAAUUUUCACAUCACUACCCAGACUUGA